CGGAACCGGGUGAUAAUUAGGCGGCUGGGGUCUGGGCAGCUGGUGUCUGCGUGCGGCCAGGCCGGGCCUUCACCUGGGGUCCGGGGCCUGGGCGUGGGAGCGACGCCGGCCGGCUCUAGCCGGAGGCUUGUGGGAGCCCAGCCCCGGCGGGGUUACUCCGGCAGGGCUGAGGUUGCCCUGGCCUUGGAGUUGCAGUCUGGGGUCACGCGGGUGGCUGAGGAGGCUCUCGGGUCCUGAUUGAAGCCAAAUCCGUGCUUUGGUUGGACGACACCGAGCGCUUGCGGAGUGCCAGGCUCGGCCCUCGGCCCAGCAGCUCCCGUCCGUCCGCGGUGCGUCCUGCCCACGCUUCCGGGGGUGGAAAGCAAGACCGCACCUGGGCCAGGAUCUAUCAUACCCAUUGAUUAACUAUGGAAGACUAUACCAAAAUAGAGAAAAUUGGAGAAGGUACCUAUGGAGUUGUGUAUAAGGGUAGACACAAAACUACAGGUCAAGUGGUAGCCAUGAAGAAAAUCAGACUAGAAAGUGAAGAGGAAGGAGUUCCUAGUACUGCAAUUCGGGAAAUAUCUCUAUUAAAAGAACUUCGUCAUCCAAAUAUAGUCAGUCUUCAAGAUGUGCUUAUGCAGGAUUCCAGGUUAUAUCUCAUCUUUGAAUUCCUUUCCAUGGAUCUCAAGAAAUACUUGGAUUCUAUCCCUCCUGGUCAGUUCAUGGAUCCUUCACUUGUUAAGAGUUAUUUGUACCAAAUCCUACAAGGGAUUGUGUUUUGUCACUCUAGAAGAGUUCUACACAGAGACUUAAAACCUCAAAAUCUAUUGAUUGAUGAUAAAGGAACCAUUAAACUGGCAGAUUUUGGCCUUGCCAGAGCUUUUGGAAUACCUAUUAGAGUAUAUACACAUGAGGUAGUAACACUCUGGUAUAGAUCUCCAGAAGUAUUGCUGGGGUCAGCUCGCUACUCAACUCCAGUUGACAUUUGGAGUAUAGGUACCAUAUUUGCUGAAUUAGCAACUAAGAAACCACUUUUCCAUGGGGAUUCAGAAAUUGAUCAACUCUUCAGAAUUUUCAGAGCUUUGGGUACUCCCAAUAAUGAAGUGUGGCCAGAAGUGGAAUCUUUACAGGACUAUAAGAAUACAUUUCCUAAGUGGAAACCAGGAAGCUUAGCAUCCCAUGUCAAAAACUUGGAUGAGAAUGGCUUGGAUCUGCUCUCGAAAAUGUUAGUCUAUGAUCCUGCCAAACGAAUUUCUGGCAAAAUCGCACUGAAUCAUCCAUACUUUAAUGAUUUGGACAAUCAAAUUAAGAAGAUGUAGCUUUCUGACAGAGUUUCCAUGUGUUGUGUCAAGAACAGAUAGCUGUAUUUUUACUGUUAACUGUUUUUGUCUUGUGUAUUUUUCUUUUCUUUGUUGUAAAAUUUAAGCUGUGUCUCAUCUUCUGAUUUCAAAAGUGUAACUUAAAAAUGUAAAUACUGUUCUAUAUGAAUUUAAAUAUAAUAAUUCUGUAUAUGUUUGUAGAUCCCACCGUAACAACUAUUUGUUACUAUAAUAAAACUAUAUAAAUCUA